UGUACGUGGUGGUAGACGGACUGGGUCGGGUCAUGGAGCCUGAGCUGAACUGCAGCAGCCAGUGUGAUUCUGCUCGUUGCCUGAUUGAGGCUGGAGUCGGCAGGGAGGACGGCCUGGACGUGCUACAGAGACUCUGCAGCCUCAGCCGGGUGUCGGUGCAGCAGCCCAGGCGGUCCAUCUCCCCGGUGCUGAGCGCGGUGGUGUGGACGCUGCUCUCCUGCGGCAUCCUGUCGGCCUUCUGCUUCCUCUUCUUCACCAUGCGCUUCAAAAACAACAGGAUAGUGAAGAUGUCCAGCCCCAACCUGAACGUCCUGACCCUCCUCGGAAGUGUCCUCACCUACGUCAGCGGCGUCCUGUUUGCAGUUGACGCACAAACUUCUUCCCUGGCUGACACGUCCAUGGCUGUGUUGCAGGCGCGGAUCUGGACGCUUUGCGUCGGCAGUACGCUGGUGUUUGGCCCAAUUCUGGGGAAGACUUGGAGGCUGUACAGAGUCUUCACCCAGCGAGUGCCUGACAAGAGAGUGAUCAUCCGGGACAUCCAGCUGAUCGGCAUGGUGGCUCUGCUGGUGCUGCUGGACCUGCUGGUCCUCACCGCCUGGAACCUGACCGACCCCGUCAGGUGUUCGCGAUCCGUCGCAGCCGUCGUCAAGGAGAUGGAGAGAGACGUUUUCUAUUCUCUGUCUCAGCUGGAGUCUUGUUCUUCCGUGCACUCAAACAUCUGGCUUGUCAUUAUCGCUGUCAAGAAGGGUAUCCUUCUCCUCUACGGCACCUAUCUGGCCGGGCUGACCAGCAACGUCAGCCGUCCUCCGGUCAACCAGUCCCCCACCAUCAUCACAGCCGUCGCCCUGGUUACCGUCUCCUCCGCCGUGGCCGUCCCCGUGUCCUCCUUCCUGCAGGCCUGGCCCAACCUGGUCUGCAGCACCGUGGCCGGAGCCAUUUUCCUCUGCACGCUGGCCACCAACUGCAUGCUGUUCGUGCCUCAGCUGACCCAGUGGCGGCAGUUUGAGGAGGAUCAGAACGACCCGAGUCAGAUGGCCAAGUAUUUCAGCAGCCCCAGUAAGAGCCAGGCGUCUGCGUACAGCCAGGACGAGGUCUUCUACCUGCUGGGAGAAAACAGCUCCAUGAAGAAACUCCUGACCGAGAAAAACGCGGUGAUUGACAGUCUUCAGGAGCAGGUAAACAGCGCCAAGGAUAAACUGCUGCGGCUCAUGACGGAAAGCCAGCCCCCCAAGGAGCAGGAGGUCGACUCCUCCUCCACUUACCUCAACUCGUCCUCCACCCAGACCACCGAUCUCCAGUCUGAAGGCACCUCUUCGUCCUCUCUACCUCAGAGAGACUCUAAAUCCAGACCCUCACCCCCGAGCAUCACUGCUCCCCCGUCUUCAUCAAAUCCUCCGUCCUCCGAACCGACUUGUGCCCCCGUCUCCACGACCCCUGCUUCUGUUUUGUUCCCUCACCCCGAAGACGUUUCCGGGAGUGAAACUCGGAACGAUGUCUCGUCUGAGCCCGACGCAGCAGAGGACGUCCAGCAGCCCGCGUCCUUCUCGUUUCCUGGCAGGACGGCGGAGGAAACGGUCAAGUUUGUCACUUCCCUCCAAACCCGUAGAGGACUAAACCCGACCCGGGUUGAAACGUUUGCCGGUCAGAAUGGUUUGAAGUUCCUGACGGGGUCAAACCUGAGGCCGACUGGUUUUGUGAGCAGCGAGCAGCUGCAGGAGAUCCUGCAGGGGCUGAGCGUGGACGCGGUCAUGGAGACCACGCUCCGAUCUCCCGUUCAGGCGUCCAGGACUCCUUCCCAGGUCAAACUGAGCGCGCUCUCCCCCCUGUCGCCACGGACACCCUGCUCCCCCCAUCCUCCCGAUCACUUCCGCUACCCCUGCGUAUCCCCCUGCAUGGUUAGGAAACGCCGGCCGCCCUUUUACUCCGGCAGGAGACGGCUGGCGCCUCCGGGCUUCUACACGGGUCCGGAGGUUCGUGGCUGCAGGAGGCCGACGGAUAACUGUGAACACCAAAAUCCCGAGGAAAGCACCCUGUGCAACACUCUCCUCCAUGCUCACAGCUGCACCCCGGACAUAGAAAACCAGCUAGAGGAGGAGGAGGAGGACGCAAACAGGCAGGAGGUGAUGAGAAAAUGCCAGAGAUGCCUCUUAAGGUGUUACAGAUGUUGUUCGGGACAGAACCGCUCAGCUCUAGGUGACACGGAGGAGGGCGGCGAAAAGGACCAGCGCCAUAAACACAUCAGAGACUCCAGCGGAUACUGGGACUCGGACUCCAGCAGCUCCACGGAUUAUUGCUACUAUCACCUGCCGUACUGCGACUCCUGCCUGCAGCGAGGCUCCCUGGUGGACUCGGACAGCUCCUCGGACUCCUCGGACAGCGAGUACGACGACUACACGGGCCUGUAUCGCCCCCCGCGCCCCGUGGUGUUCAAAGACGACCUGAAGCCCACUUUCGUAUGAAUAAAUGUUUACUGCACUUUUGAAACCGUAUUUAUUCAUUUAUAUAGCUUGUUAGAGCAGGAGACACCGGGAUCAAUGUGUAUGAAGUGGAUGUGAUUUGUGUCGUUUUACUGCUGAUUUAAUUAGUUUUUCCUUCGAUAUGAAGAGAUGACCUUUAUUCUUGAAUUAUGCAGCACAGGACAGAGCUGUGGCUCAAACGCACAACGUUUAUUUAAAUAUGGGUUUUGGAUUUAUUUUUGUGCACAUUUUGACUGACACACCAAAACAAACAAAAAUCUAGAAAAAAAUUUCAAUAAUUUUCAAAAUAAAAUAAAAAUAAGGCUAAAACAAGCGCAAAAUGAAAGGUUUGACAAGAAAGAAAUGGGCUCUGUUUGAUAUUGUGUAAUCAUAUUUAUUUUUUAUAUUUAUUUGUCUAUAUUUUGGUGUGAAAAUUUUUUAAAUAAAUGAUGUUCCCCUUUUCAAAAUAUUUUACAGUCACUAAUAUAAAUAUUCUUAUAAUGAUAUUGUGGCAUUUUAUUGCAGAAUCAGGCUUUUUUUAAUUUAUGAUUUUUUCCACGACAGCAGCAGAACUGCAUAAUGCAACGUUUCAUUCACAGCACAAUGUGCUUAAAUGGUAAUAUGCCAUGCCAGUGUCAUUCCUGCAUAACUAAUAUGUAUUUUACAGGAAAGUGUUGCGGUUAUCUGGAGUGUGAGCUUCA